CAAAAAAGCCACAUUCACCGCAAAGCGACUUCUGUUUCACAACAGAAGAAGAAUUCCUUAGUUUUUUUGUGUGUGUGUUGCGGCGGACCUGCGCGUCACACCUGCGCAAUGUGUCCAGCUGAGUCCUGCUGACCAUCAACACCAUGCAAGGAUUUUACUCCAAACUGGACUCCUCCCCCCUGCUGGGCGAGGGCGCCCCCGUGGCUCUCAACCUGGCCGUGGAGACGGAGCGAGCGCAGGCCCUCCUGCAGACCUUCAGCUCCGCCUCCCUGCUGGCGUCCGCCGGCCUGGGCGCGUUCUGCGUGGUGGCCGACCACGCCCUGCAGCUGCCGCUGGUGCAGCACCACCUGUGGCCCCGCGCCCUCCUGGACAACGCCACGCACGCGCUGGUGGGGCUGUGGUCCUGGGCCGUGGUCAUCGGGCUGAGGAAGAGGAGCGACGUCUACGAGAUGCUGCUGGCCGGCCUCCUGGCCUCCAUCAUCGACCUGGACCACUUCUACUUGGCCGGCUCGCUGUCACUCAAGGCCGCCGUGUCUCUCCCUCAGCGUCCUCCUCUCCACUGCUCCUCCCUCAUCCCCGUCCUCUGCAUCUCCCUGCGCCUCCUCAUGUGGUUGGGACGCCUGAAGGACGCCUGGUGCUCCCUGCCCUGGAUGCUCUUCAUCGCCAUGACGACGCACCACGUGAGGGACGCCGUGCGCCACGGCCUGUGGGUGUGGCCUCUGGGCAACACGGCGCCGCUCCCCUACUGGCUCUACGUCAGCACCACGGCGACACUCCCUCACCUGUGCUCGGUGCUCAUGUACCUGACGGGCACCAGGGACGUCAUCUCCACCAAACACGGAGUCGCCAUCGACGUUUAGCCUCCGUCCGCGUGGAGGAAAGAUGGGAAAACUUUUAUUUUUCCAACUUAAAACUUCACACCUCAACUAUUUAUUCAGAAGGUCGCCUUUAAAAGCACUUUUUUGCUUCCUUCUCACUUCUUUUUGACUAUCGUGUACUUUUGGAAGGUGCUUGUGUUUGACUAUUUAAUAGCAACAAUGUGGGAAGGAAUAAAUACGAUAAAAAUGUUGAA